UAUUUCUGAAAAUAGAAGAAGGACAUGGAGAUGUUUGUAUUUCUCAGCCUGCUGAUUUGGACUGGAGCAUAUGGUCAAAGCAGCAAAAGUUCAAACUUGCUGGAAGAGUGUCUUAAGGAUCCGGAGUAUGAAGAGAUGAUGAAUAUUGCUGUACGUGGAUUGCCUCCUGUCCCAAAAUCUAAUCAGAAACACGUUGUAAUUGUUGGUGCCGGGAUGUCCGGAUUAUCAGCGGCAAAAGUAUUACAGGAUGCCGGCCACAAAGUGACAGUGCUGGAGGCCAGUAACCGUGUAGGAGGUCGUGUACAGACCUAUAGAGAUCAGGAUGGCUUGUAUGGAGAACUGGGACCCAUGCGUAUUCCUCCAUCUCACAGGAUUAUACGGGAAUUCAUUAGUCAGCAUAAACUGCAAAUGAACCCUUUUAUCAUAUCUAAUGACAACAAUGUAUUUAUGUUCAAUAACAUAAGACAACUGCAAAAGGAUGUUGCUAAGAAGCCAAACCUGUUUGGGUUUGCAUUGACCCCUGAGGAAGAAGGAAUAUCCGUUGAUGACCUAUUUUCUAAAGUGGCAUUCAAGUUUGUACGACACAUUGCUGGAGAAAACUGCUCUGGAAUAUUGGACUCACUUGACAAAGUUUCUCUUCAGUCUAUUCUGGCGGAUGAAGGACAUUUAAGUGCUGGUGCAAUUAAGAUGCUUGGAAACUUCAUGAAUACUAAUAGUCAGCCCUACGUCUCAUUUAUGGAAUCAGCUCUGGAUACGUAUAUUUUUAAAACCCCAAGGUUAGAUGAGAUCACUGGAGGCUUCGAUCAAUUGCCCUUGGCCUUGGCCAAACGUUUGGGAAAUGUGAUCAGAUUGAAAUCCACUGUAGUUAAAGUCAUGAGGAAUGAAAAAUCAGUGAUUGUCCACUACCGUAAAGAUAAAACCACUCCUCCCACCAGCAUAAUCGCGGACUAUGUUAUCGUAACAUCCACCGCAAAGGCAACCAAACGUAUUAAGUUCAGUCCUCCUCUGUCCAAUGAGAAGGAUUUUGCAUUGGGUAAUAUCCACUAUGCAAGUGCCACAAAAAUCUUACUGAGCUGCACUGAGAAGUUCUGGGAAAAGGAUGGUAUAGUUGGUGGGAGAAAUAUCACCGAUCGCCCAUCACGUUAUAUCUAUUACCCAAGUCACAACUUCACCAGAGGAAGAGGAGUCCUCCUUGCGUCAUACACUUUGACAGACGAGUCAUCGUUCUUUCUAGCCCUCAGUGAUGAAGAGUGCAUUGACAUUGUUUUUGAAGACUUGGCUGCCAUCCACUUGAGAUCAGAGAAGGAGCUCCGACGCCUUUGUCCUAAAGCUGUGGUGAAAAAGUGGAGCCUGGAUCCAUAUUCCAUGGGUGCAUUCGCCCAUUUCAUCCCGUAUCAGUAUAGUAACUUGUUUGAGCACCUGUCUCAACCUGAAGGCAGAAUAUAUUUUGCUGGAGAACACACAUCACCUCCCCAUGGUUGGAUUGACUCAGCUAUUAAAAGUGGCCUGAAGGCUGCAAGAGCUGUUCACGGAGAUGCCAACACAUUUCUCCACAGAUAGAUUAGUUGAAUACCGAUAUGUCAAGCAGUAUACUUUAAAAAUGCAAAAAAAUUAUUUUGGUGACAGUUUAAUAUUAUCACCAUUCUACAUGACUAGACAUCUGUGUAUUCAUUUAGGCUAAGUGCACUAGGGCAUUUUCAAAAAUGUUAUAUUGAAGAGAACUAUUUAUUGGUUGAACUAGAUGGACUUGUGUAUUUUUUCAACCUGACUAACUAUGUAACUCUGUAAGUAGUCAUGACUGGACUCAUGUUAGAAUCAUAACCUUUAAAAGUCUAUAAAAUAAUUUGCUGAAUACAUAUCAUAAGCAUUUGGCCAGCCAUCACAAAUUCUCAAAGUAUUUUGCCUAAUAUAUUUAUGUUCUACGUCCAUCAGCUCCAUCUAGUGGUCAUAAUGCAGCAUUUUUCUGACAUACCUCAAUCAGAAAAAUAAUUAGGAUCACUAGAAGAAAAUGACGAUCAUAGAAGAAAAAACAUAUUAGGAAAAAUAUGGUGAGAAUUUGUAACAGCUAGGCGAAAGCUUGUGACACUUGCUCAGCAAUAGAUAUAUAUAUAUAUUUUAAAUAGACCACUUAUUCUUUAACCACUUAAGGACCAGACCAAUAUGCUGCUAAAU